AUGAGCUGCUGCACUUGCGAGUGCGCGGAAAGCCGCGAGGCCGACACUCUGGUGGCCCGGGAGCAGCAGCCCGCGCAGCCGCUGCAGUUCCUCGUGGCGGGAAAAUCCAUUCAACAUCCCCAAAAGGCUCUCUCGAGGUCCAUCAAUGGAGAUGCCUUUGCAAUGGACCACCAU